AUGACUGUUCAUCUAUUGUAUUUUCAUGCAAAUAGGGGGCAAGAAAACUCUAUGAAAAGAUGGUGGUUUAAUUCGAUGUUGUUUAAGAAGGAGUUCGAACGCAGGUAUGGGCUAAAUAAAUCAAUGGACAGUCUUGGUCCUAUUGAAAAUACCAAUGAAGAUCCAAAUCGAAAAGUGAAAAACAUUCAUAGUUGGAGGAAUCGUGACAAUUCUAGUUGCAGUAAUGUUGAUUAUUUAUUCGGCGUUAAAGACAUUCGGAAUUUCAUCUCUGAUGACACUUUUUUAGUUAGUGAUAGGAAUGGAGACAGUUAUUCCAUCUAUUUUGAUAUUGAAAAUCAGAUUUUUGAGAUUGACAACGAUCAUUCUUUUCUGAGUGAACUAGAAAGUUCUUUUUAUAGUUAUCGAAACUCGAAUUAUCUGAAUAAUGGAUUUAGGGGCGAAGAUCCCUACUAUAAUUCUUACAUGUAUGAUACUCAAUAUAGUUGGAAUAAUCACAUUAAUAGUUGCAUUGAUAGUUAUCUUCAGUCUCAACUCUGUAUAGAUACUUCCAUUAUAAGUGGUAGUGAGAAUUACGGUGACAGUUACAUUUAUAGGGCCAUUUGUGGUGGUGAAAGUCGAAAUAGUAGUUGUGGUGGUGAAAGUCGAAAUAGUAGUGAAAAUGAGGGUUCCAGUAGACGAACUCGCACGAAGGGCAGUGAUUUAACUAUAAGAGAAAGUUCUAAUGAUCUCGAGGUAACUCAAAAAUACAGGCAUUUGUGGGUUCAAUGCGAAAAUUGUUAUGGAUUAAAUUAUAAGAAAUUUUUGAAAUCAAAAAUGAAUAUUUGUGAACAAUGUGGAUAUCAUUUGAAAAUGAGUAGUUCAGAUAGAAUUGAACUUUUGAUCGAUCCGGGUACUUGGGAUCCUAUGGAUGAAGACAUGGUCUCUCUGGAUCCCAUUGAAUUUCAUUCGGAGGAGGAGCCUUAUAAAGAUCGUAUUGAUUCUUAUCAAAGAAAGACAGGAUUAACCGAGGCUGUUCAAACAGGCAUAGGCCAACUAAACGGCAUUCCCAUAGCAAUUGGGGUUAUGGAUUUUCAGUUUAUGGGGGGUAGUAUGGGAUCCGUAGUCGGAGAGAAAAUCACCCGUUUGAUUGAACACGCUGCCAAUCAAAUUUUACCCCUUAUUAUAGUGUGUGCUUCUGGGGGGGCGCGCAUGCAGGAAGGAAGUUUGAGCUUGAUGCAAAUGGCUAAAAUAUCGUCUGCUUUAUAUGAUUAUCAAUUAAAUAAAAAGUUAUUUUAUGUAUCAAUCCUUACAUCUCCGACAACUGGUGGAGUGACAGCUAGUUUUGGUAUGUUGGGGGAUAUCAUUAUUGCCGAACCCAAUGCCUACAUUGCAUUUGCAGGUAAAAGAGUAAUUGAACAAACAUUGAAUAAAACAGUACCCGAAGGUUCACAAGCAGCUGAAUACUUAUUCCAGAAGGGUNCCAUGAGCAGCUUCAUUUCAGGGUGGGCUAGGCUUCGCAUUGGCGAUGCAAUUGUCGCAAAUGCGACAUCGCAAUUACGAGCCUGGAGUCGCAAAUGCGACUUCUGCGUCUGGAGCUGUGGCUUUUUAUUCCGAGACUUACCCCAUUUCCCUCAUUUCCCACUUGGCCUUAGGCGACUUUUGAGAGCAUCUGAGGAGGGAUUCCAUCAUCAUCAAAGAGCCACGGGAAAAGAGCUUAGAUUUGGAAAGGAUUCAGGAUUUGUGCUUCGUAUAGAUGUGGGGUCCAAGGGAAGUGAUUCUGCAAGAUGCGAACCAGCAGAAGCGGCUAAGCCAUCGCAGAGGCGGCCACGGGUGGCCAGCCCAGAAAUUGCAGAAGCGGAACCGCAAAAGUGGUUGGCUUUCCGCAGAAGCGGCCCAGCCGGCCCAGUGGAGUUUCGCAGAAGCGGACACUUUUCCGCAGAUGAGGUGGGCGCAGGCAUAUGGCCAUCAGUCUGGCACGUAGAGUGGACUCCUCAACUUGAGACUUUCCGUUUUAUUAUAUUGCCUAACAAAGAGAAAUUUCUGGUAGGCCCUUCACAAUCAGCAUUCAUAGAGGGAAGAAACAUCUUGGAUAAUGUAAUUCUAGCUCAUGAACUAAUCAAGGGAUACAAUCAGAAAACAGUGUCACCAAGAUGCACAGUUAAGGUAGAUAUUAGAAAGGCAUAUGAUUCAGUGGACUGGAACUUCCUAAGGGCUCUUAUGCUGGAAUUUGGUAUACCUGGUAAAAUGGUCAAGCUCAUUAUGGAGUGUGUAAGCACAGUUUCAUACUCCUUAUUGAUCAAUGGAGGAUUAACACCAAAGUUUCAAGCAAAAAAAGGAUUAAGACAAGGUGACCCAAUGUCACCUUAUCUCUUUGUCUUGGUGAUGGAGUACCUGAACAGAUCCUUGAAGCAACUGAAAUCAAAUCCAGAUUUUAACUACCACCUUAAAUGUGCAAGACUGGGAAUAGUUCACAUCUGUUUUGCAGAUGACCUUGUUAAUGUGUUAUAG